AUGCCUACAAAUAAAGAAGGAGAGGAAGUUAUAAUACCUCCUAAAGAUGAAGAAGAAUUACUAUUAGAGAAAUAUGUAUUUGGGGAUGCAUCAGGGUUUGAAAACAAUUUGAAAAAAUUAGAUAAUUUAUAUGAUUAUUCAGAUGAGGAUGAAGAUAAUGAUGAUGAUAGAGAUGGAAAAUCUGAUGAAGAUGGAGAAUCUGAUGGAGACGAAUUACAAGAUGAUGAUUUAUUUUUCAUUGAUGAUGGAACUGAACCAAAUAAUGAAGAUAAUAUGGAUAUUGAUAGUGAGGAAGAAGAAAGAGAUGAGGAAGAGGAAGAUGAAGAAGAUAGUGAUGAAGAAAAUGCUUGGGAAGAUAGUGAUGAUGAAAGAUUAAAUAUAUCUUUAUUAUCAUCUGAUAAAUUAAAGAAAUUAAGAAAAACUCCUCAAGAUUCAGUUAUUUCAGGGAAAUCAUAUAUUAUUAGAUUAAGAUCUCAAUUUGAAAAAAUUUAUCCCCGUCCUCAAUGGAUAGAAGAUAUAGAAGAUCAAGAAGAAAACUUUAACGACGAUGAUGAUGAGGAGGAGGAUAAUGAAAAUGAAGAAGUGAGUGAUGAACAAAAUCUUACUAAUCAAUCAAGUUCAUUAUUGAAUGUAUUAUCAAAAACUGAAAAAUUCACAAUUACAAAACAAUUGAAAUUAAUUUCACCAAAUAAAAUAUCAAUAACAAGAUUAAAAAAUGCAAAUUUCAAAAAAAGUUCUAAAUCAAGUAUUCAAUCAAUGUCAUUUCAUCCUCAAUUUCCAAUAUUAUCAAUUGCAGGAUUUGAUAAAACAAUUCGAUUUUAUCAAAUUGAUGGUAAAUCAAAUAAUUUCAUAACUUCAUAUUUUUUAAAAAAUUGUCCAAUUAUGAAAAUUCAAUUUUCACCAAAUUUAAAUAAUGUUUUAUUUUCAAGUGGUAGAAGAAAAUAUAUGAAUAAAAUUAAUUUAAAUAAUGGAGAAGUUGAAAAAAUUAAUCGAUUAUAUGGACAUGAACAAACUCAAAAAUCAUUUGAAUAUUUUAAAAUUUCUUCAUCAGGUAAAUUCAUUGGAUUAACUGGUAAUAAUGGUUGGUGUAAUUUACUUAAUGGUAAAACAGGUCAAUGGAUUCAUGGAUUUAAAAUUGAAGGAACAAUAAUUGAUUUUGAAUUUUCAAAUGAUGAAUCAUUUAUAAUGAUUAUAAAUACUGCUGGUGAAGUAUGGGAAUUUGAAUUACCAGAUAAAUUAACUAAUAAAUCACCAAAUAAAAUCAUUCGUAAAUGGUAUGAUGAAGGUGGAGUUGGUAUAACAAAAUUAAAAAUCGGUGGUAAAAAUAAUCGUUUCAUUGCUAUCGGUAAUAAUAAUGGUAUUGUUAAUAUUUAUGAUCGAAAUACAUUCUUGAAAGAUACAGUACGUCCAAAACCAAUUAAAACUGUUGAAAAUUUGGUUACUUCAAUUUCAACUUUAAUGUUUAAUCAUGAUGGACAAUUAUUAUGUAUUGCCUCAAGAGCUAAACGUGAUGCAUUAAGAUUGGUUCAUUUACCUUCUGGUUCAGUUUAUAAUAAUUGGCCAACCAGUGGUACUCCAUUAGGUAAAGUUACUUGUGUUGAAUUCUCUCCAAAUAAUGAAAUGUUGGCCAUUGGUAAUCAAGCAGGUAAAGUUACAUUAUGGAGAUUAAAUCAUUACUAA